AUGAGCUUCUACGACGUGUUUCGCGGCUUCUUCGGGUUCCCGGGACGGUGCAGGCCCCGGGACCCGCUCUUCGGCGGCGUGGCGUGGGACGACGAGGAGGAUGAGGAGGAUGGCGGCCCGUCCAUGUCGCAGCCCCCUCAGGACUUCGGGUUCGGGUUCGGCCCCGGCUCGUCCCGCGGCGCCUUCGAGGAGCUGUUCCGGGACAUGGGCGAGCUCCUCGGCGCGCUGGGCGGGCUCUGGGCCGAGCCCCGGCAGCCUUUCGGUGGGCUCAGCAGUGGUGGCCAGCUCUGUGCUGGUGCUUUGUCGCUGCCGUCAGCGGUGCGGGGCUUUGUCUUGCAGCUGGAAGAUGCUCCCCGGGCUCCUCCUGCCCUCAAGGAAGACCAAGACCUGGACUCCCAGGUCUCCUCCGCCGGGCUGGGAACCAUCCUGAGACCCACCGAGCCCGAGCCCCGCUCUUACUUCCAGAGCGUCUCCGUCACCAAAGUGACUCUCCCUGACGGGGGCGUGGAAGAGCGCCGCACCGUGCGGGACAGCCGGGGCCGCAGCGAGACGACGGUGACGCGCCGCCGGGGCGACCAGGCCUUCAUCACCACCACCAAGGAGGACGGGCAGAGCAGGGACUACCGCGAGGAGGUGGUCAACAUGGAUGACCGGGAGCUGGCGCAGUUCGCUGGCACGUGGCCACAGCAAGAGGUUCCUGCUGCCAACCCGGGUGACCCCUCCUCUGUGCUGGGCAGCUUCUUCCGACGCUGGUUCUCAAGGUGGUAG